UUGUUUUGUUUUCUUCUGGAAAAGACAGUAUCCAGAAGUUAGAACUAGAAAUGAGUGGCCCUUCUAAAAGAUCUACUCCCAAAAGAAUCAUCCAUUUUGUUGAUGGAGACAUCAUGGAAGAAUACAGUACAGAGGAAGAGGAAGAAAACCAAGAGAGAAUGGAUUCAACACUUGACCCUUCUAAACUUUCAUGGGGACCCUACCUAUGGUUUUGGACAAAGCGAAUAGCAAGCAUCUCAUUUUCAACAUGUGACUUCCUUGGUGAAAGAUUUGCUGUCUUGUUUGGUCUUAACCAACCCAAGUAUCAGUAUAUGCUAAAACAAUACUAUCGAACACAAAAUGAGGAAAGUGACCAGGAAGGUGAAGGGAAUGGAUCCAAGGCCCAGCCAGCCAGGGCUCCUAAUGAGAAGAGUCCCCUGGAAGUUGGGGGCCUCGAUUAUGGGACCAGAGGACAGGAGUCCCACAGGGCGUUCCCUG